AUGAGCGUCGUCACUAUCACACCGACCCAAUUCCACUCUCUGAGAGACAAGGUUGUCCUGGUGACGGGGGGCUCUUCUGGCAUUGGCCUUGCCACAGUCCAGCUGCUCCUUUCCGUCGGGGCAAAGGUGGUCAAUGUCGACCAGAACGAGGAACGCGACACCAAGGGCAGAGAUGCCACUCUCUACCAGUUCGUCAGGGCAGACGUGACCUCGUGGGUGGAGCUGCGGGGAGCCUUUGAACACACCAUCAACACCUUCGGAGUCGUCGACCACGUCUUUGCCAAUGCUGGCAUACAAGGUAGAGCGACUGCCCUGGAACACGUUUUGGAUGCAAACGGCCUUCUCGCUGAGCCAGAUCUGAGCUGUCUUCAGGUCAACCUCGUUGGGGUCGUGUACACUGUCAAGCUGGCCCUGUACUAUAUGAGCCGCAAAUCCGUGGCCAACAGCGGCCGCCCAGGUCCUGGCAGUAUCGUGCUUACAGCAUCGGCAUCCUCCUUUCAGACCUUCUCCGCGGGUGACUACACGGUCGCGAAACACGGUGUCCUGGGUAUCAUGAGGUCGCUCCUCACGCACCUCGCGAACGACGCAGGACCGGACGGUCAGCUCGUGCCUCUGCGCAUCAACUGCAUCGCGCCGUCCUGGACAGCGACCGGCGUGGUGCCGAGCUUCCUGCUUGAAAAGGCUGGAGUUCCGUAUCAGAGCCCGGACGUCGUGGCCCAGUCUGCGUUACUGCUCAUGGCAGAUGACACAAAGCACGGCCACGUUUUGUACUCCCGUCGCGGGAAGUACUUGGAAAUGGAGCAGAGCUUUACGGAUCACACGCGACAGACACUACAUAUCCUUCACGGACAGCAAGGAAUGCAAGGCACCGAGGAGGAUGAGAUGUGGGCCAUCAUGAAGGCUGGUCGGCAGCUUCAGGCCGAGGCGGCGGCGGCGGCAAGGGCGGGCUCAGCCAGCCAGGCCGAGCAGUGA